UGAUGUUGUUUUUGUGACAUUCCACAAAAAAAAAAAAAAACCCAUCAAUCUCUUCUUCGACGUUGCAGAGAGUCCUUUGAAACUCCCCGAGAAAAUCCUUCGCUCCCAAUUCAGUAGAGAAGAAAAACAAGCGCAGAAGCACAAGCCAGCAAUGGAUUCAACCCAGAGAAGGAAAAGCGGGUUGAAUCUCCCGGCUGGAAUGACUGAAACUUCGCUUCACCUUGACACGUUCUCCACUUCCUUUCGAGCCAUCUCGAACUUGUCGUCUCCAUCAAAAGCCACCUGCAGUGAUAGAUUUAUACCUUGCAGAUCCUCUUCAAGACUCCACACAUUUGGGCUUGUCGAGAAGGCUUCACCUGUCAAAGAAGGGGGAAGCGAGGCUUAUUCUAGAUUGCUGAAGAACGAGCUUUUCGGGACUGAUUUUGGGUCGUUCUCUCCUGCAGGUCAGGCUUCACCCAUGAGCCCCAGCAAGAACAUGUUGCGGUUCAAGACAGAUCCUUCCACUCCAAGUUCCCCAUACUCUCCAUCUAUACUGGGUCACGAUGUGACCAUCUCUGGGGAGGCUUCUACCCCUCCCAAACCACCUAGGAAGGUACCCAAGACACCUCACAAGGUUCUGGAUGCCCCCUCACUUCAAGAUGAUUUCUACCUGAACCUUGUCGAUUGGUCUUCACAAAACGUCCUCGCAGUUGGACUGGGCACCUGCGUCUACCUGUGGACUGCGUCAACCAGCAAGGUGACAAAACUGUGCGACUUGGGACCUACUGACAGCGUGUGCUCUGUCCAAUGGACCCGUGAGGGUUCAUACAUAUCAAUCGGUACAAAUCUUGGUGAAGUUCAGAUUUGGGACGGCACUCAGUGCAAGCGGGUCCGAACCAUGGGUGGGCAUCAAACAAGAACUGGAGUACUUGCAUGGAGCUCACGCAUAUUGUCUUCUGGAAGUAGAGAUCGUAAUAUACUUCAACACGAUCUUCGAGUCCCAAGCGACUUUGUCAGCAAGCUUUCAGGCCAUAAAUCUGAGGUAUGCGGCCUGAAAUGGUCCCACGAUGACAGGGAACUUGCAUCAGGUGGCAAUGAUAAUCAGCUGUUGGUCUGGAACCAGCAUUCUCAGCAGCCAGUCUUGAAACUUACAGAGCACACAGCUGCCGUCAAAGCCAUUGCCUGGUCACCUCACCAGAAUGGCCUUCUUGCAUCUGGAGGAGGAACUGCUGAUCGGUGUAUUCGAUUCUGGAACACCACAAAUGGCAACCAGUUGAACAGUGUGGACACAGGAAGUCAGGUCUGUAAUUUAGCAUGGAGUAAGAAUGUAAAUGAGCUGGUCAGCACUCAUGGGUACUCCCAGAAUCAAAUCAUGGUGUGGAAAUAUCCAUCAAUGGGGAAGGUUGCAACUCUAACGGGUCAUAGUUUGCGAGUACUUUAUCUUGCAAUGUCUCCUGAUGGCCAGACUAUUGUUACCGGAGCCGGGGAUGAAACCUUGCGAUUUUGGAACGUCUUCCCUUCAGUGAAAGCACCAGCACCUGUUAGAGAUACUGGAGUUUGGUCACUUGGACGAACCCACAUUCGGUAAUGACACACACACUUGGGCAGGAUGGGAAGGGGAGAUUCAGUUGCCUGUAUUUAUAGUUGUUUUGUAAAUGGAAGCCAAUAAAGGUCAAAAUGACUCAAGAUUGUAAAGAAUACGGUGUCUCUCUGUACUCUGUAGGUGAUAGAUAUUUUGAGUUCAGAACCUGUAAAGAAUUUCUUUUGAUAAUUUAUGAGUAUUCUUCAGUCAAUGAGCAGCCUUUUGCAA